AUGGCACAGCUCGCCCUGGCACGGCUCAGCACAGUUCACCCCGCCUCCCCUCGCCCUGGCACAGCUCCCCUCGUCCCGGCAGGGCUCCCCUCGCCCCGCCCAGCCUCCCCUCCACCCCUCCCCUCCCCUCGCCCUGCCUCCCCUCGCCGGCAGGGCUCCCCUUGCCCUGCCCCGCCUCCCCUCGCCCAGCCUCCGCUCACUCCGCCUCCCCUCGCCCAGGCAUGGCUCCCCUCGCCCCGCCCCACCUCCGCUCGCCCUGCCUGCCCUCGCCCCGCCCCGGCACGGCUCGCCCAGGCACGGCAUGGCACAGCUCGCCCUGGCACGGCUCGGCAUAGCUCACCCCGCCCUGGCACGGCUCCCCUCGCCCAGCCUCCGCGCACCCCGUCUCCCCUCGCCCCGGCACGGCUCCCCUCGCCCAGCCUCCCCUCGCCCUGGGCUCCCCUCGCCCCGCCCCGCCUCCCCUCGCCCAGCCUCCGCUCACCCCGCCUCCCCUCGCCCUGGCACGGCUCCCCUCGCCCUGGCACGGCUCCCCUCGCCCCGGCAGGGCUCCCCUCACCCCGCUUCCCCUCGCCCCGCCUCCCCUCGCCCCGGCAGGGCUCCCCUCGCCCCGCCUCCCCUCGCCCCGGCAGGGCUCCCCUUGCCACGCCUCCCCUCGCCCUGCCUCCCUCCACCCCUCCCCUCGCCCUGCCUCCCCUCGCCCUGGCACGGCUCCCCUCGCCCAGCCUCCGCGCACCCCGCCUCCCCUCGCCCCGGCACGGCUCCCCUCCGCAGCCUCCCCUCACCCCGCCCCGCCUCCGCUCGCCCUGCCUCCCCUCGCCCCGCCCUGGCACGGCUCGCCCCGGCACGGCAUGGCACAGCUCGCCCUGGCACGGCUCGGCACAGUUCACCCCGCCUCCCCUCGCCCUGGCACAGCUCCCCUCGUCCCGGCAGGGCUCCCCUCGCCCCGCCCCGCCUCCCCUCGCCCAGCCUCCGCUCACCCCGCCUCCCCUCGCCCUGGCACGGCUCCCCUCGCCCCGGCAGGGCUCCCCUCACCCCGCUUCCCCUCGCCCCGCCUCUCCUCGCCCCGGCAGGGCUCCCCUCGCCACGCCUCCCCUCGCCCUGCCUCCCCUCACCCCGCCCCGCCUCCGCUCGCCCUGCCUCCCCUCGCCCCGCCCUGGCACGGCUCGGCACAGUUCACCCCGCCUCCCCUCGCCCAGCCUCCGCACACCCCGCCUCCCCUCGCCCAGGCAUGGCUCCCCUCGCCCCGCCCCACCUCCGCUCGCCCUGCCUGCCCUCGCCCCGCCCCGGCACGGCUCGCCCAGGCACGGCAUGGCACAGCUCGCCCUGGCACGGCUCGGCAUAGCUCACCCCGCCCUGGCACGGCUCCCCUCGCCCAGCCUCCGCGCACCCCGUCUCCCCUCGCCCCGGCACGGCUCCCCUAGCCCAGCCUCCCCUCGCCCCGCCCCGCCUCCGCUCGCCCCGCCCCGCCUCCGCUCGCCCCGCCCCGGCACGGCUCGCCCCGGCACGGCAUGGCACAGCUCGCCCUGGCACGGCUCGGCACAGCUCACCCCGCCUCCCCUCGCCCUGGCACAGCUCCCCUCGUCCCGGCAGGGCUCCCCUCGCCCCGCCCCGCCUCCCCUCGCCCUGGCACGGCUCCCCUCGCCCUGGCACGGCUCCCCUCGCCCCGGCAGGGCUCCCCUCACCCCGCUUCCCCUCGCCCCGCCUCCCCUCGCCCCGCCCCGGCAAGGCUCCCCUCUCCCUGCCCAGCCUCCCCUCCACCCCUCCCCUCGCCCUGCCUCCCCUCGCCCUGGCACGCCUCCCCUUGCCCUGCCCCGCCUCCCCUCGCCCAGCCUCCGCUCACUCCGCCUCCCCUCGCCCAGGCAUGGCUCCCCUCGCCCCGCCCCACCUCCGCUCACCCUGCCUCCCCUCGCCCCGCCCCGGCACGGCUCGCCCCGGCACGGCAUGGCACAGCUCGCCCUGGCACGGCUCGGCACAGUUCACCCCGCCUCCCCUCGCCCUGGCACGGCUCCCCUCGCCCCGCCCCGCCUCCGGUCGCCCUGCCUCCCCUCUCCCCCUCCCCUCGCCCUGGCCAGGCCAGGCCUGGCUCUCAACAUACCUGCAGCUCAAUAUAGUUGA